AUGAUGGAACCAUCAAAUUGGAAAUGUAGCCAAUGCACGCUGGAGAAUCCAAUAUCAAGACGGCGGUGUGAUGCUUGCCGCGCCCGAAAGCCUAUUGAAUCCAGUACUACUACUACUACUACUACUACUACUACUAAUAGUAAUAGUAAUAGUAAUAGUAAUAGUACUUUUACCAGUAACGCUACAGGUACCGGUAAGAAUGUCACGGAAAGUGAUUCAAAAAGCAAGAAAAGUAUCAAGAAGACCAACGCUGCCGCUAGUACAAAAGCAGCCAUCAAACUCAAUCAGAAUCGUGCACCCCUUACAAGCACUAGGAAACCGACGAGAAAAAGAAAGCGUCCCACCAGCAUACAAAAACAACCACAACAGCAACCACAGGUAGAAAAUCGUACCGAGGUAUACAUUCCUGCAAAUCUGCAAUCUGAGUCAUCGUCUGCACCUUACAGCACCUUUGGUCGAGAGAUGGAAACGGCGCCAGCGAGUCAGAUCAGACACAACCAUAAGGAGAAAUCAAAAGCAACCAAAUCAAUCAUAACACCCCAGCCGAGACAAGAAGACCAAGUAACGAAACGGAAAAGACCAAUUCUAGAAUCUGAAACCACAAGUCCUAGCGCUGCAAACGACCAUGAACAAUUGAAUCUUACAGCAGCUCCAAAAUCAGGUGACGCAACAACACCACUCAACAGAGUGCCAGAAUUUCACAUGGUAUCCAAGAUAACCCCGACCCACAAACAACCAGGGAAGCAAAAUUGCCGAUAUGAAACCCUCACUGGAAAGAAAGAAGAACAGCGUCUUGCGGGUCUAAAUUCGUCCUCGAAAUCGCAGGAGAAAAUGGAGAAUAGCAUAGAAGCCAAUGGUCCACCACAUUCAAUAAACAAUGACGCUGCAGGUGGUCAAUGUAGCAACAUUCGAAAGUGUGACUGGACGGAGCCAAGCAAGCCUUGCAAUUUGGUCAAGAUUCACGAGCAAACGAGUAUUGGUGGCUUCUCAAAUGACAUUCAAUCGCCGACCAAGAAACCAAUGGAACCCAACCACCACAGUGUCUCAAGACAGAUAAUCACACACGGUACUUUUAUGGCAGAUGAUCCCAAACCUGAUAUAAUGGUAACAGAUACCAAAUGGAAGAGUUUAUUCUCCAUUUCCAACGAUCCAACGCACAAAGCCAAACUACUGAUGGGAUGCCGAUGGAAAGAAGUACUCAAUACCAAAGGCUGCACAGAAAAGGGUCACCCUAUGGCUCCGAAUAAUCUCGGCUUUCGGACUGUAGGAUCGGGUACCGCUGUAUCGGUAUCAGAGGAGGCGAUGGCAAAAGCCAGUAGGUUUCUGGACAGCAGCAACACCAAUCGCAGACCAGUAGGUGAAGAACCUGAUACCAAUCGCAGACCAGUAGCUGAAGAACCUGAUUUUGAAGCUAGCGAAGCUCCACAAGCAAUACAUACGAUUUGUUUCCGUACAGCAGGAUCGGGUACCGCCGUAUCGGUAUCAGAGGAGGCGAUGGCAAAAGCCAGUAGAUUCCUGGACAACGCCAACACCAAUCGCAGACGAGUAGCUGAAGAAUCUGCCGUACAACGUAGUGACAUUGCAAAACCAAUAUCUACGAUGGGUUUCCGUACAGCAGGAUCGGGGAUUCCCGUGUCUGUGUCGGAAGAGGCGGUUGCAAAAGCCACUACACUUUUGGAAAGUAGUACUAGUUACAGUCCAAUCGCUGAAGAAUCUGAAGUGCAACGUAGUGAGAUUGCACAACCCAUAUCUACGAUUGGUUUCCGUACAGCUGGAUCGGGUACCGCCGUAUCUGUGUCGGAGGAGGCGAUGGCAAAAGCCAGUAGAUUUCUGGACAGCAGCAACACCAAUCGCAGACCAGAAGGUGAAGAACCUGAUACCAAUCGCAGACCAGUAGCUGAAGAACCUGAUUUUGAAGCUAGCGAAGCUCCACAAGCAAUACAUACGAUUUGUUUCCGUACAGCAGGAUCGGGUACCGCCGUAUCGGUAUCAGAGGAGGCGAUGGCAAAAGCCAGUAGAUUCCUGGACAACGCCAACACCAAUCGCAGACGAGUAGCUGAAGAAUCUGCCGUACAACGUAGUGACAUUGCAAAACCAAUAUCUACGAUGGGUUUCCGUACAGCAGGAUCGGGGAUUCCCGUGUCUGUGUCGGAAGAGGCGGUUGCAAAAGCCACUACACUUUUGGAAAGUAGUACUAGUUACAGUCCAAUCGCUGAAGAAUCUGAAGUGCAACGUAGUGAGAUUGCACAACCCAUAUCUACGAUUGGUUUCCGUACAGCUGGAUCGGGUACCGCCGUAUCUGUGUCGGAGGAGGCGAUGGCAAAAGCCAGUAGAUUUCUGGACAGCAGCAACACCAAUCGCAGACCAGAAGGUGAAGAACCUGAUACCAAUCGCAGACCAGUAGCUGAAGAACCUGAUUUUGAAGCUAGCGAAGCUCCACAAGCAAUACAUACGAUUUGUUUCCGUACAGCAGGAUCGGGUACCGCCGUAUCGGUAUCAGAGGAGGCGAUGGCAAAAGCCAGUAGAUUCCUGGACAACGCCAACACCAAUCGCAGACGAGUAGCUGAAGAAUCUGCCGUACAACGUAGUGACAUUGCAAAACCAAUAUCUACGAUGGGUUUCCGUACAGCAGGAUCGGGGAUUCCCGUGUCUGUGUCGGAAGAGGCGGUUGCAAAAGCCACUACACUUUUGGAAAGUAGUACUAGUUACAGUCCAAUCGCUGAAGAAUCUGAAGUGCAACGUAGUGAGAUUGCACAACCCAUAUCUACGAUUGGUUUCCGUACAGCUGGAUCGGGUACCGCCGUAUCUGUGUCGGAGGAGGCGAUGGCAAAAGCCAGUAGAUUUCUGGACAGCAGCAACACCAAUCGCAGACCAGAAGGUGAAGAACCUGAUACCAAUCGCAGACCAGUAGCUGAAGAACCUGAUUUUGAAGCUAGCGAAGCUCCACAAGCAAUACAUACGAUUUGUUUCCGUACAGCAGGAUCGGGUACCGCCGUAUCGGUAUCAGAGGAGGCGAUGGCAAAAGCCAGUAGAUUCCUGGACAACGCCAACACCAAUCGCAGACGAGUAGCUGAAGAAUCUGCCGUACAACGUAGUGACAUUGCAAAACCAAUAUCUACGAUGGGUUUCCGUACAGCAGGAUCGGGGAUUCCCGUGUCUGUGUCGGAAGAGGCGGUUGCAAAAGCCACUACACUUUUGGAAAGUAGUACUAGUUACAGUCCAAUCGCUGAAGAAUCUGAAGUGCAACGUAGUGAGAUUGCACAACCCAUAUCUACGAUUGGUUUCCGUACAGCUGGAUCGGGUACCGCCGUAUCUGUGUCGGAGGAGGCGAUGGCAAAAGCCAGUAGAUUUCUGGACAGCAGCAACACCAAUCGCAGACCAGAAGGUGAAGAACCUGAUACCAAUCGCAGACCAGUAGCUGAAGAACCUGAUUUUGAAGCUAGCGAAGCUCUACAAGCAAUACAUACGAUUUGUUUCCGUACAGCAGGGUCGGGUACCGUCGUAUCGGUAUCAGAGGAGGCGAUGGCAAAAGCCAGUAGAUUCCUGGACAACGCCAACACCAAUCGCAGACCAGUAGCUGAAGAACCUGAUUUUGAAGCUAGCGAAGCUCCACAAGCAAUAUAUACAAUCGGUUUCCGUACAGUAGGAUCGGGUACCGGAGUAUCGGUAUCAGAGGAGGCGAUUGCAAGAGCCAGUAGGUUUCUGGAUAGCAGCAACACCAAUCGCAGACCAGUAGCUGAAGAACCUGAUUUUGAAGCUAGCAAAGCUCCACAAGCACUACCAGUGAUUGGUUUCCGUACAGCAGGAUCGGGGAACGCCGUAUCAGUGUCGGAGGAGGCGAUGGCAAACGCCAGUAGAUUUCUGGACAGCAGCAACACCAAUCGCAAACCAGGCGCUGUAGAAUCUACUGUGGAAGCUCGGGAAGCUCCACAAGCAAUACAUACGAUUUGUUUCCGUACAGCAGGAUCGGGUACCGUCGUAUCGGUAUCAGAGGAGGCGAUGGCAAAAGCCAGUAAAUUCCUGGACAACGCCAACACCAAUCGCAGACCAGUAGCUGAAGAACCUGAUUUUGAAGCUAGCGAAGCUCCGCAAGCAAUAUAUACAAUCGGUUUCCGUACAGCAGGAUCGGGUACCGGAGUAUCGGUAUCAGAGGAGGCGAUUGCAAAAGCCAGUAGCUUCCUGGAGAGCAGCAAUACCAAUCGCAAAGCAGUAUCUGAAGAAUCUACCUUUGAAGCUCAUAAAGCUCCACAAGCGCUACCUGUGAUUGGUUUCCGUACAGCAGGAUCGGGUAUUGCCGUAUCAGUAUCCGAGGAGGCGAUUGCAAGAGCCAGUAGGUUUCUAGACAGCAGCAACACCAAUCGCAGACCAAUAGCUGAAGAACCUGAUUUUGAAGCUAGCGAAGCUCCACAAGCCAAGGAGGAGCUUUCAAAAACAACAUCACUGCUUGAUAUAGGGGCAAAAAGUACAGCCAUGGAUCUCGAAAACUUGGCUUUGAGUAUUCCAACAACCAAGGUCGGUUUCAGCACUGCAGGACGUUGCGCUUCGAUCUCGGUACCCGAAGAGGAAAUUACUGGAGCGACUAAAUUGCUCCUCAGCGCAAGGCAGAACACAAUUUCUGAUGAAUCUCUGAUAGAGUCUGGCGCUGUAUCAAAUGUACCAGCGAUGGUUGGUCCUCGUGAAGCUGAUAUGGGCACUGGAAUAUCGAUUUCGGACGAAGAAUUGAACAGAUCUUCCGCUGGAGAGGAGACCUCAAGAAAUGUGGUAUUGGAAGGCCCUUCGAACGAGAACUUUUUGUCCUCGUUAGAAUGCAGAAGCUUAUCUGGAAUUGGCAGAGCCAGGACUAAGCUGCCAGCGGCUCGGUCUUCCGUAAUAUCGGAUGCAUUUCUGGCGCCUGUGCCCAAAUCGAAACGGACCAUCAAACAAGGUUAUCGCAAUGGAAAUCAGGUCACACCAGCAUUUUUCUCUCAGGAAAGUGCGCUACUGGCAGCAGAAACUGAAGAACAUAAUUGGCGAGCGCUUUCACCUUUGAUCAGUGGUCGUCCACAGGAAUACUCGAUUGUAGGCUUGGCGCCUUCCGUUGACAGACUAGAAAGGAAUCGUGACACCGGAAGCCAUAAGGCAAGAUCUAUGUCCCUACUCCGAAACAAAUCACUGCUGGCACGCACAGAAGGCAGUAAAACGAAGGGGCACGAGUCAGAUGACGCGAAUUACAGAAUGCUCUCCAAUUUGGAAACGCCACGGAACGAUAUCCUGCAGGCGAAUUCAAUCCGUUUGUAUGCUGAUGGCCAUUCGCCAGAUUUCAAGCAGAAGCUUAACCUACUUCCUUCUGAAUGUGGGACAAUUCAUCCUAUGAACUCCGAGUGGAAGGCCCAAGUGCCAUCUUCUAGUCUUCCAAAUUCGAUGAAGACGACGCCGGCCUUAACCAGACCAAAAAGAAGGGCCAUUACAAUGUCUCGAGACACUACAUCAAAAAUACGACAAAGAGAGAGAAACCAUUCACCUUCUGUCACUCCUUUACCCAUCAAUUUUGUUGCUGCAGAGAGCGAUAUAGAUUCAGAGAAGCGACACAUAGAGCAGAGAAGUUGCUCGGCAGCGCCACUGGAGAAACGUACGCUUCAGCAAUCAGUGGAUCUUGGGGAUCUUACAGACGAUAGUGCGAUUUGCAAGAAACACGGUGUAUCAGAAGCAACAUUGUGCGUAACGAGCCAGAACGCCAGUCGAAUCAUGUUUGAUAUCGCGUCAGGCAGCCCUUUGACCAUUGACUCCAAGAUAAGCUGUGGAGAAUUCGCAGUGGGAUCUAUUGCGGAUAUCCGAGAAGCUUUGGUAAGCGACGGAUGCAAACUGGACUCGCUGACAGAGUCGUGGGUUACCAACCAUAAGAGAUGGAUUGUUUGGAAACUUGCUAGCUAUGAAAGGAGCUUUCCGCGACACCUUGGAGGUUUCAACCUGACUUAUGAGACUCUCAUUUCACGAUUGAAAAGGCGAUACCGAAGAGAACUGAGAGGUGGCCUUCGCCCAGCCACAAGGAUGAUAUUGAAUCGGGAUGUUGCUGCAAGUUCGAUGGUUAUUCUAGCCGUGAGCCAAAUCAUACUUCCGACUGAUUUCAACUUCACCCACUUGGACAAUGAAGAACUUGCAAACCAAAUUCGAGUCGAACUGACAGACGGCUGGUAUCCAAUCUUGGCAAAACUUGAUGGCGCCUUGGUUAGACUUGUGCGCGAUAGUGUCAUUGCAAUUGGGAGUAAAUUACUUGUGUCAAAUGCCAGGUUGCGUGGAGCAGAGGAUGGAAUGGAGCCGUUGGAGGGACGCCAGGAUCCAUGCAGCCCACAGAGUGCUGUAUUUCUUGAAUUGCACGCAAACUCUACCCGCCUCGCGAAAUGGAAUGCAAAGCUCGGAUUUGUGCGCUCUGAAAACGGGAUCUCAAAGGGCCGUCUUCUCGUCAAGAAGCUUUCGGACGUGAUACUCGGCGGCGGGGACAUUCCAUCUAUUUGUAUCUUUGUUCUUCGUCGAUAUCCGCUGCUUUAUUUUGAGAAAUCGCCAACAGUAGACUCUUGCGCACAGGCAAAAUCUGCAGUCUUGACUCAGACCGAGGAAGAUGAACGUCGGAGGUCUUAUGAGAAACGGGUAUUAGCUGUAAUGGAACGUAUGACAGCCAGUUUACAAUCAGCGGUCGAGAAAGAAAUCGAUGAAGAUGCACCGGAGAUAUGGAAACAGGUGAUGGAAACCACCUUCCCUGAGGACACAAUAUGCGCCCUCAGUGAUCCUGACAAGGCUCGUCUGCUUGAAUGGAAAGAAAAGCGAGGCAUGCUGAUACGCAGUCGCCUGAAGCAAGAAGUGGAGGCAGAAAUCGAAUGUGAGACAUCUCUUGUUCGCGAGAGUGUGCCAUUUAUCAGAAUGAGAGUACAUAGCUUGGACUUGUCGGGAUACAAGGAUGAGGAAGCAAUAUUGACUAUCUGGCAACCGACAAACGAGCAGCUCAGACUUCUUCAGGAUGGCUGCGGUGUUCAAAUCGAAAAUUUGUCAGUUCGAAACUCAAAGUACGAAGGGAUGCUGCAACUUACUGGUAGUAGCCGUACAUCGAUGCAAGCUUGUGCGGUUCCAUGGUCAAUGCACGACAAACUAAACGACUUUUGCAGGCGCAACUUAUCGCUAUACGAUGUUCAUUUGCGUUCCCAUCAUGCGACUGGUGAAGAUCAAGAGCGACAAUUUGAGUUUGACACUAUUGUUAUUUUGCUGAAGUAUGAAGAACUCGAUGACAAGACGGUGGGCUAUGUGAUUGACGAAUUCAAUAUUCUGCUUCGAAUCGAGGGUGAAAACCAGCGAUUCCCAAAACAACUCUUAACUUGCAGCAGAAGCAACAAAUUCGAGGUGCUUGGAUUCUGUGACCUCAAGCUUCUCCCGUUUGACACUGAUAAGAACUGUGCUGUUGCUCGUUUUCGGGACUCUUCCCGAUUGCAUACUACCACGAGCUCCAGAAGUGAGGAAUUGAACGCCUGGUCAAUGAGUGAAGAUGGCAGCCAUCGUUUGCAGCGGAUGUCACACUAUCUCAACGCUGAGAUAUCCCCAUGGCAAAACGCAAAUUUGAUGCCUGCCUUUGGUUAUGUCGUAGGCCUGAAAACUCAGUCACCCGAUUCGUAUGUCAUUGAAGUGGAUUGCAGCAGUUCUGACAGUGAAAAAUGGGAAGUUUCUACAUCGCUGUUGGAGCAGGCAAUCCCUCUCGCUCGCAAAAACGAAAGUGCGCUAACCGAAGAAGAAGUGGAGAGGUGUGCCUGGUAUGCUCCCUUUGCUGAAUUGAUCCAUGCCAGGGGGCUUCUUUGGCACUUUAGGCUGACCAAGAUUUCUCAGAAUUCAGACUUUGGCUGCGAGUACCAAGUCAUCAGCAUGGAAGCUGCAUGUGCUGGCUCUCUCGGCCGUCUGUAUAUGUAG